UUUGACCUUAACACAAUAAACUUGCUACAUUAGCGUUAGAGAGCGUUAAAUAGAAAGUACAAGGAAAAUGACUUGCUAGCACAGCCGGUCGGGCUACAUUUUAGCUAGCUAGCUAGCUAACCGUAGUAAGUGUUGUUUUUCUGGCGUUACCCUGCAAAUACUGUUUGUGGUAGUUUGUCGUCUUUUAUUAACCUUUCCGUUGUUACGUUGUGGACUCAUUUACUUACAACUAUGUUCAACAGGGUUAUGAGAGAACGCUAGCAUUAGCUGGCUACCUGGAGGUUGCUCAAGAAACAAGACACGGCCAGCGAUAACUCCGGCUAGCCGACAGUUUUAGCAUUCCUGUUUCUACUUUAGUUAACUUGAGUCUUUUGGGGUUUUUUCGUGUCAUAUGUGUGGCAGAGGUUAACGUUACUCUAUAGAAUUAUGGCGCCUCGCGUACAGCUGGAGAAAGCGGCUUGGCGUUGGGUGGAAACUGUGAAACCAGAAGAAAUCAGGCAGGAGCAUAUAGAGCUAGCAUAUCGAAUCAACCUCCCGGCCUGCAAAAGAGGUGCCUGCAGGAGGAACUGCAAAGGGAAUCCCAACUGCCUGGUUGGUAUUGGUGAACAGGCAUGGCUUGGAGAAAUUGAUGAAAGUGCUUUUCACAGUAUCGAUGACCCAAAUUCAGAACGUCGAGAAAAGAACACAUUUGUUGGGUUGACCAACCUUGGUGCAACAUGUUACGUCAACACAUUUCUGCAAGUAUGGUUCCACAACCUGGAGCUGCGUAGGAGUCUCUAUCAGUGCCAAAAUUCAAGAGCAGAGGAACAUGACACUGAGUCUGAUUACGAGCCCCAGUCCAUCUGUGAGCAUCUACAGUAUCUGUUCGCUCUCCUGCAGAAUAGCAACAGAAAGUACAUCGACCCUUCAGGGCUAGUGAAAGCACUUGGUCUGGACACAGGACAGCAACAGGAUGCCCAGGAGUUCUCGAAGCUGUUCCUGUCUCUGCUGGAGGACACACUGUCCAAACAGAAGAACCCGAACCUGCGGGACGUCAUUCAGCAGCAGUUCUGUGGACAGUUCUCCUACGUUACUGUGUGUAACCAGUGUGGACGAUCAUCUGCUCUUCCAUCACGGUUUUACGAGCUAGAGCUGAACAUCCAGGGCCACAAGAGCCUCACGGAGUGUGUCACCGAGUUCUUAAAGGAGGAGAAGCUGGAUGGGGAAAACCGCUACUUCUGUGAGACGUGUCAGAGUAAGCAGAAUGCCACCCGAAGGAUCAAGCUGCACAGCCUUCCUCCAACCCUCAACCUGCAGCUCAUGCGCUUUGUCUUCGAUAGACAAACAGGCCACAAGAAGAAGCUCAACUCUUUCAUCAGCUUUCCAGAGCAGUUGGACAUGGGGCCUUUCCUAGAAGAAAAGCAAGAUGAGAAGUGUGUCUAUGAACUGAGCGCAGUGCUGAUUCAUCGGGGAAUCAGUGCCUACUCCGGCCACUACAUUGCCCACGUGAAAGAUGCUCGUACUGGCGACUGGUACAAAUUCAACGAUGAGGAAAUUGAAAAGAUGGAAGGCAAAAAGCUACAGCUUGGUAUUGAGGAGGACAUUGCUGAGACGGUAAAAUCCCAGACAAAAAAACCAAAGUGCAGUAAAGGCUAUCACUGCUCCAGAAAUGCAUACAUGCUGGUGUAUAAGGUCCAGCAGGAGGAAAGCUCAGGUCCUUUCAGGACUAAUGUGGAGGUGCCAGCCUUUCUUCAGAGGUUGGUAGACCAAGACAACCGUAAGUUUGAGGAAUGGUGCAGUGAGAUGACUGACAUGAGAAAACAGAGUGUGGAUAAGGGCAAGGCUAAGCAUGAAGAGGUGAAGGAGCUCUACAAGCUUUUACCCGCAAGAGACGGCGAGCCGUAUGAGUUUAUCCCCCUUGACUGGCUUAAGAAGUGGCUUGAUGACUCCACUGCCACUAAAGAAAUUGACAGCUCCCGCUUCUUGUGUUCUCAUGACAAACUUCACCCAGACAAAGUGGGAGACACCAGGAAGGUUUCCAUGCAAGCUGCACAACUCCUGUAUGAACGCUACGGUGGAGGGCCUAGACUGAAUGAGUCGUCUUUGUGCAGAGAGUGUGUUAGCCAACGGUGCAGAGUGCUUCGGCUGAAGAACCAGCUCAGUGAAGAUUACAAGGAAAUCUCAAACUUGGUGAAGCGCACGUUCAGUGGUGCAGGUUUCUGGGUAGGCAAAGCAUCUCUGCGGAGCUGGAGGCAACUGGCUUUGGAACAGCUGGAGGAGGAUGAACAUGAAACCACACACAACAACAGCCAGACCAAUGGACAGGGACCACACACCAACAACAGUAAAGAGUUCAGCUCAGAGCUGUCAGAGUGCACUGAGGAUGAGAUGAAGACUUUUAAUGAAGAUAUCGUCUGCAGUCACGGUGGUCUGAGUAUUCUGGAAACUGAACGGAAGUUGGUGUCGCCUGAAGUUUGGACCAAGUUUCGGGAAUACUUCCCCAAAGCCCCAGAAUUCACCCAGGACCAAGAGGCCUGUCAGCAGUGCCUGACGAUGGAGCAGGAGGAAAAGGACAAUGAGGCAGUCAGUAAGAUGAUGGCCCUAGACCAGAAGAACCAACUGCUCAACCUCUUCCAUGAGAAAAAUCGACCAGUGCUCACCAAAUGGCCUCAGGGCACAGAUGUGCUUUAUAUAGUUCCUCUGUUUUUUGUGGAUGAGUGGAGAAAAUUUAUCAGGAGACCUACAAAAUCCUCCCCCGUGUCCAAUGUUAGCAACACGUUGCUGCUCUGUCCACACGGAGGCUUCAUGUUCACCUACGACUCGCUGAUUAACGGAGAGGCACAACAUGUAGCUCUGCUGUGGCCAAGCGAAUGGGAUGUGAUCAGCAGACUCUUCAUCGUGGACCAGCCAAUCUCCAUCCACUGCUUGAAACGAACUACACCGAGUGGCUCCACCACCCAGUACACCACUCAACCUGAUCUAUGUUGGGAAUGCAGAGAGAGCUUCCUUUUCCAGCAGCAGAGGGACCUCAGAGAGUAUACCCAAGCCACCAUCUAUAUACGCAAAGUUAUUGAAGACAAAAGAAUGAUAAAGGAGGCUGCACCAGAGCUGAGUGUCAGCAGCUCUGAAGCAGAGGAGGAGAAGGAAGAACAUCCCAAACUGGAUGGUGAGAAAGACCCCGACUUCAGCCAGUCACAGGACGGUGCAAAACGGCUGAAGUUGAGUGACAGCAGUGUGUCCACAGCUGCUGCUGGUGUUGUGACCAACGUGGCCAAACCAGGUGGAAUCAGGAGGAGCACCCGACACAGGAAACUCCGUGGAGAGAAAGCGCUCAUCGUUUCAGCUAAUCAGACUCUGAAAGAGCUGAAAAUACAAAUCAUGCACGCCUUCUCUGUGGCUCCAUUUGACCAAAAUCUCUUCAUUGAUGGAAAAAGUCUGACAGAUGACUCAGCCACACUGGGUAGCCUGGGAAUCAUCCCGGAGAGCAUCAUCUGUCUGAAGGCUGAUGAGCCAAUAGCAGAUUACGCUGCGAUGGAUGAUGUCUAUCAAGUGAGAAUGCCUGAAGAGGGAUUUAAAGGCACCGGGCUGCUCGGGCACUGAGGACAGCUGUUUGUAGCUGUGCUUGAACUGGAACGAUGACGGAUGGAAAUUUUAAAAAAGCUUGAAUAUGUUGUGUCCAUAUAAAUAAGCUCUUUAAUUUGUUCUGUACUUUGUUUUUCUACAUUUUGAGUAGGCUUUCUUUGAUAAAACUGUGACUAUCUUGCAAAGUUUCUCUACAUGAGGUUGUCUGGCCUUUGAUAUGAACGUUUGUAAAGAAACCAGGUUGGAGACGCUGCACUCUGAGACCUGGCUUCAGUUCAGAUCUACUGUGGGUCAAGAAAAUGUUUUAUUUUUGAAUCUUUUAAAUUAUGACAGAAGACAAAUUGAAGAUGAUGCUCUUUCUUUCUGUUAUGUGUAAGCUUAUCUUGUAACUGCAGAGUUUUCAGGUUUGUCAGAAGAAUGCACUAGUUACUGUUAAUUAUUGCAAAUAUACUGGCUCAUAAAUCUUAGAACAUGUAUUACCUCCACACAGUCAUUUUAUAUAUACAUAUAUAAAUAUAUAUGUAUGUGUAUAUAAGCAUAUGUGUGUGUUUGUACACACACACUCGAUGUGGCAUUUGCAGUUACAUAGCUACAAAGUAUGUAAAUCAUACGCUGGAGAGAAUGAAAUGGUGAGAAACAAAUGUAAGCAGUGACACGUUGUCUUCUUUUCACUGUUAUUUCUUAUAAACAAUAAAGUUAUUUUC